CGAAAAUGACUUUAUUCAACAAAUCAUAAAGAUAUUGGAACAUUAUAUUUUAUUUUUGGAAUUUGAGCAGGGAUAGUAGGUACUUCUUUAAGUUUAUUAAUUCGAGCUGAAUUAGGGACUCCAGGAUCUUUAAUUGGAGAUGAUCAAAUUUAUAAUACUAUUGUAACAGCUCAUGCUUUUAUUAUAAUUUUUUUUAUAGUUAUACCUAUUAUAAUUGGAGGAUUUGGAAAUUGACUUGUACCUUUAAUAUUAGGAGCCCCUGAUAUAGCUUUCCCACGUAUAAAUAAUAUAAGUUUUUGACUUUUACCCCCAUCUUUAACUUUAUUAAUUUCUAGUAGCAUUGUAGAAAAUGGAGCAGGAACUGGAUGAACAGUUUACCCCCCCCUCUCCUCUAAUAUUGCUCAUGGUGGUAGUUCAGUAGAUUUAGCUAUUUUCUCACUUCAUUUAGCUGGAAUUUCAUCUAUUUUAGGAGCUAUUAACUUUAUUACUACUAUUAUUAAUAUACGAUUAAAUAAUUUAUCAUUUGAUCAAAUACCUUUAUUUAUUUGAGCUGUAGGUAUUACUGCAUUCUUAUUAUUAUUAUCUUUACCUGUUUUAGCCGGAGCUAUUACUAUAUUACUUACUGAUCGAAAUUUAAAUACAUCAUUUUUCGAUCCUGCAGGAGGAGGUGAUCCUAUUCUUUAUCAACAUUUAUUUUGAUUUUUUGGACAUCCUGAAGUAUAUAUUUUAAUUUUACCGGGAUUUGGUAUAAUUUCUCACAUUAUUUCUCAAGAAAGAGGUAAAAAGGAAACAUUUGGAUGUUUAGGUAUAAUUUAUGCUAUAUUAGCAAUUGGUUUAUUAGGAUUUAUUGUUUGAGCUCAUCAUAUAUUUACUGUAGGAAUAGAUAUUGAUACACGAGCAUAUUUUACAUCUGCAACAAUAAUUAUUGCUGUACCAACAGGUAUUAAAAUUUUUAGUUGAUUAGCUACUUUCCAUGGAACUCAAAUCAAUUAUUCCCCAUCUAUUUUAUGAAGAUUAGGAUUUGUAUUUUUAUUUACUGUAGGAGGAUUAACAGGUGUAAUUUUAUCUAAUUCUUCUAUUGAUAUUACUUUACAUGAUACUUACUAUGUAGUUGCUCAUUUCCACUAUGUUUUAUCAAUAGGAGCUGUAUUUGCUAUUUUAGGAGGAUUUAUUCACUGAUAUCCAUUAUUUACUGGAUUAUCUUUAAAUCCUUAUAUAUUAAAAAUUCAAUUUUUUAUUAUAUUUAUCGGAGUAAAUUUAACUUUCUUCCCACAACAUUUUUUAGGAUUAGCAGGUAUACCUCGUCGAUAUUCUGAUUAUCCUGAUUCUUAUAUUUCAUGAAAUAUUAUUUCAUCAUUAGGAUCUUAUAUUUCAUUAUUAGCAAUCAUAUUUAUAUUAAUUAUUAUUUGAGAAUCUAUAAUUAAUCAACGAAUUUCUUUAUUUACUUUAAAUUUAUCUUCUUCAAUUGAAUGAUAUCAAAAUUUACCACCAGCUGAACAUUCAUAUAAUGAAUUGCCUAUUUUAAGUAACU